UGCUUGAAGUUAAGUUAAAAGGAGUCAAAUAGCAAUAGCCGCGAUAUAAAAUGAAUAUGGCGAAGCUAGAGAUGUGGUGUCUAGUUCAGAAUUUAGUGAAUAGAAAAGGAUCAUUAUUAAAGUUACUUUUGGGUUAGUGACGUAUUCGUGUUAAUCAUAGGUGCGAGCAAAUUGGUGAAAUUAAAAUAUAGUGACUUGUAUAUCUGCUGUUUUGCAAAAAUGGAUGUUAAAAACAUAUCAGAAAUAAAAGAUGGCGAAUCAACGAGUCCUCUUGUGCUGGUAGAAGCGCCAUCUAUAUUAGAAGUGCCAAAUCUCAAACUAGAUGGAAGUGUAAAAAAAAAGAGAAGACGCGGGAAAACCAAACGAAAAAUUAUAAAACCAUUUUUAAAAAUGCCUUGGCAGGAAAGAAGAAUGAUCGAUAAUACUAAGAGAAAUAAUCGAUUUCGAAAAAUCGUUUUAUCAAAAACACAGGCACCUUUUAAUAAUAAUCAAUUUCUAAUGGAAAUUCAUAAACCAGAACCAGAAAAUAAUUUCAACUUAUUCAGAACCCCGUCUGCUCGAACCCGGGACUCUAGUUUUAGUGUAGAUUCAGAGGAAAAUUACUUUUUUUCACUUCCAGAAGACGAGGAAGAAUAUUUAACAAAGGAAUUUUCUAGUGUUUACGAAGACGCACAAAGUGAACGGUUAUCAAAUAUGUCCAAAAAUGAACUUGUUCAAGAAUAUCUUUUGCUUGAGGCUAAAUAUGAUAAUCUCAUAAAGAGGAAUGAGCGAAGUAAAGUGAAAGACACGGAGGGAGACAAAGAUGUGUCAGUAGCAGAUAAGGAUGUCUCAAUUACGGAUAAAGAUAGCAUGCUGACUGACCGGGAUACUUCAGGUACAUCUGUCAUGUCUGGUUCAAUAGACGAGCCCUCAGUUUAUGAUGUCAUGCAGAGAUUGAAGGAACAAGAUGAGCAGAUUCGCGAGCUACAGCUGGCUAAUGAAAAAUUACUUUUAGAAAAUAGCCAUCUAAGACAAAGAAAUCAGGGCUCAAGUGAAGAUUCAGAGAGUGACAGCUCUUCUACUUCUGAUAGUUGCAGCAGUUCAAGUUGCAGUUCAAGUCCUGAACAUGAACCUGUUUUGGUAAAUGGUGAUGUUGCAGCUAAUGAAAACCACAUUGUUAAUGGAGAGCAUCAUAUCACGAAUGGUGUACAACCAACUCCGCCUCUUGUCAACGGAUUUCACAGUCCAAGUGAUAAAAACUAAAGUGAACAGUAUAUAAACUUUUAAAGAUGGACAAAGUAAUAUAUGUGUUAGUCUUACGUUUAUAGCCUUAGCUCAAAAAAGGAAUAAAGAUAAACAAACUAUAGAUUUAUAUAUUCCAUUUGAUAUAGUAAUAGCUGUAGCACUACAAACAGUUCUUGAUUAAUAUAUUUUAUUUUAUAAUAUCACCACUAUUUCACUUUCAUUUUAUGGUUUAAGUUCUAAAAACAACUUCAUCAACAUUUAAAAUACAGGUCUUUUGUCAAUCCAUAAUGCAUAUCGAUUAUCAUUCAAGCUCUCGACCAAUUAUAUCACAUCAAUUUUAAGUCAUAUGUUGUUUAUUUGUCUUGAUUCCUCUUGUGGUUUGAGAAGCUGCUAUGUAUUACUAAUAUACAAGAUGAUUAUUGUUCUCUUGCUGUAUGUCUUUAUAAAGAUUCAUGUAAUAAUUUUAAGACUGUUAUAAUGUAACUGUGAGAUCUCAUCUUAGGUUUAAUGGAUCCUAUGUGAUACCCAUGUUGAUAUUUGUGUGGUAGUUUACCUGAUUGGUGAUAAGAUUUGGAAAAUAUUUAAGACUAUGUGUAUGGAAUGACAAUUUGUAUAGUCAAGCAACAUUUUACUAAUGUCAUAUUAGAUGUGAUAAAAUGUUUUAAUCAAAAUAACAAAUUUAAUGGCAAAAUAAAUAUCACAAAAAUAUAAAUAUUUGCAUAUUUUUUAGUAAACAAUAUAAAUAUUAAUUAAAAAAGCUGUUCAUAUGCAAAAUUGCACAAUUUUAUUUAAAUAUUUCUCAUACAAUAUAUUUUUUAUUUCUGAAAUGCUAUAAAAAUAUUUCUAAUCAAGAUCUGGAUCUCACUUUUAUGUUUAUACAGUGUAAUGAUAUUAAGAAUGUAACAGUACAGUUGUAAUUUGGUCUAAAAUUGUUAUUGCGUUUAACAAGUGAUAAGUUAAUUGUGUCAAGUACCAGUUUAAGAUAGCAAGUUAGUCUGACCGAGUAAUUAUUUUAUGUUUAGGUGUUUAAUGUAAUUUUAAACACAAUUAAUAUUCUUACCCAUAGUUGUUAAUUAUAAAUUUUUAAUGAUAAAUCAU